GAACUCCAUAGCCAUGCUCUUCAACACAAGUGCUCUAUUAUAGGAUCUUUGGUGAAAGGUUCGAAGGAGGAAAUCACCAACUUUCUACGGUUUUAAAAUCUUCUAGAGAGGAGGGGAUAGGCUGUGGACUCAAACAGAUAUCAAACAAAUCAUAUCAGAGAAUUAUUGAGACAUGGAAAAGGUGAUAUUAUUCCUAUUUUUGUUGCUGCUCUUCGCUCUCAACUCUCAACUAACCAUGGGAGAAGGAACUGUAACAACAAGAGGACCUAUUUCAAAAAUCUGCACUGAGAUACUCAACCUUGCUGACAAACAAGUCAAACCUCUUGGCACCGAAGAUGAGAGUGCCAUUACUAAAUUGCUUCGAUGUGAGACGAGGACUUCUAGCUCGAUUUGUAAAAUUCAAAGUCCAGAUACAGUUACUUGCGAUUGCAGUCUCGAUAAGGAUGUUUGCCGGGUGACAGAAAUUGAUAUUGCAUAUCGGAAUUUGGAUGGUAAAUUACCAGAAAUAAUCGGAAACCUUACAAAUUUAACAUCAUUAAGUUUGUAUUCGAACAAUUUUUUUGGCGAGAUUCCAACAUCAUAUGCAAAUUUAAAAAAUCUCAAGAAUUUGGAUCUUGAUGGCAACAAUUUGGAAGGAUCAAUACCCCUAUUUCUUGGUGAUAUGAAGUUGGAACUUUUGGAUCUAUCUGAAAAUUCAUUUGGCGGUCCAAUUCCACCUCAGUUGGCUUCUCUAAAAAAUCUAACAACUUUGGAUCUAUCUGGUAACUCAUUUGGUGGUCCAAUUCCAACUCAAUUGGCUUCCCUAAAAUAUCUAACAUUUCUGGAUCUAACCGGAAAUUUAUUCAGUGGUUCAUUUCCUAGUCACUUGAUUUCUCUUGUAAAUCUACAGUCUUUGUUUCUAGCUGAUAAUUUAUUUGAUGGUCCAAUUCCACCUCAACUAAACUCCCUUGUAAAUUUAGUGAAUCUGGACCUUAGUAACAAUGGCUUCUCUGGUCCUCUGCCCGAUAAGCUUGAAAAUCUACUUCUUCUUGAAUAUCUCAAUGUUCAAGGGAACAACUUGAGUGGGCGAAUCUCAGAUUUCACUGGACAACUACAAAACCUCACACAAUUGAUUCUACUGGGAAAUAAUUUCGAAGGUCCUCUCACUGCUGCUGCAUUUUCAAACUUGACAAAUCUUGUGGAAUUGAUGGUAAGCGACUUAGUUGGAGGAGGAGAGUCGCAGUUUCCUAAUUUUACAAAUAUGGAUUCCUUGAAAUAUCUGACAUUGAGGAACUGUUCACUUGCUGGCCCUAUUCCUGACAUCAUCUGGACUCUAACAAAUUUGUCUUUACUGGACUUGAGUUUCAAUAGUUUGUUUGGUCAAAUUCCAAAUCAUUCCACUCUCAUCUCACCAAUGUACAUAUUUCUCCGAGGAAAUAAGCUCAAUGGGACAAUUCCAACAUGGAUGAUCAAUUCGACUAUGAAUAUUGAUGUGUCUGAAAAUCUUUUCACAAAUAAUGUCGCACAAAUUCAAAAAUUGCAUUCAAACUCAUCUACGCUGAACUUUUUCUCAUCCCUUAAUUCCAGUGAUGACGGGGGUACAGAUUGGGAACAUGUUGGCUAUAGCUGCAGCAGCAAACUGAAAGACCAAUUAAAUGACAGUCUAUUUAUAAAUUGUGGUGGUGAAUCAAUGCAAAUAAAUGGAAAUAAUUAUGAAGGCGAUCUGAACUCAAAUGGAAGUUCAACUUUCUUUCUGAGUAGCAGUUUAAGAUGGGGUUAUAGUAGUAUGGGAACCUACUCAAAUGGCGAAUACAUAAUGAACAAUACAUGCAUUGUUGGUGUUGGUGAUGAAGCUCUUUACAGUACAGCACGUGUAUCCCCAAUCUCCUUGAAGUAUUAUGGAUUUUGUUUAAAGGAUGGUGAAUAUACUGUGGAACUUCACUUUGCUGAGUUAGUUAGCAACGGCAACUAUAAAACCCCAUAUCUCAACAAAUCAGGUCGAGUUUUUAAUGUGGAUAUCCAGGGAAUAAAUGUACUUAAUGAUUUCAACAUAGAAAAGGAAGCAAGGGGUGUAGGUAAGGCUUACAUAAACAAAACAGAAAAUGUUACAGUUAAGAAUAAUAGUCGACUGGAGAUUCACUUAUAUUGGUUAGGGAAGGGUUCAAUGUACACAGGUCCACUUAUAUCUGCAAUUUCUGUAUAUCCUUUCCUUCCAGAUAAAGCUAAAGAGACAAAGAGCGAUCCGUCUCCUCCAAUGAUGGCUCCUCCAAUGAUGGCUGCAAUCUCAUUAUCUGUCUUAAUUCUUUUGAUAGUGUUGAUAGUUUAUUUCUGGAAGAUUGAAGACAAUUCACAUGAAGGAAUGGUUGAGUUGUAUCCUGGAGGACUUUACAACUUCCAAAAAGUAAAAGCUGCUGCCAAAAAUUUCAAGCACGAGCUUGGUAAUGGUGCCUUUGGAACUUUCUAUGAGGCUACACUCGGUAAUGGAAUGGUGGUUGCAGUUGAAAAGGCUUCAGCCACAAAAGAUAUAAUACGUGCAUUUCGAGAAAAUGAUUCUACAAUUUCUCUCAAGGAACAUCCCAACUUUGUAAAGCUGAUGGGAUGCAUUGCAGAGAAGAACCAAUUGUUGCUUGUUUAUGAGGAUAUAGGCCAUAAUUCCCUUCAAAAUGCACUUUUUGGUUCAGACAGGUCGAGAUUAAAUUGGCCAAAAAGGCACAAUAUUUGCCUUGGCAUAGCAGAAGGUCUAGCUUUUCUACAUGAGGGCAAGCAGAAAAAUGUUCAUGGAAAUAUCAAACCAACCACCAUUUUUCUCGACAAACAAGACAAUGCUAAGAUAUCUGACUUCAGAUUUUCCAGGCUCCAUGACCAGGGAAAGUUACGGGAGGAAGGAACAGUGGUAUACAUGGCACCUGAAUACGCAAAAUAUGACCUCUUAACAACAAAGGCAGAUGUGUAUAGCUUUGGAGUUGUUGUACUUAUAGUUGUUAGCGGAAAGAAAGAAAAGUUUUCAAUGUCUAGCAGCGGGGCUGACACCGAGUACCUUCCAGAUCUCGCGGCACGUGAAAAGCAGAGAGAAGGGCAUUUUAUGAAUCUAGUUGACAAAAGCAUAUCUAACACAGUGGAUUGGGAUCAAGCAGAGACAAUGUUAGAACUAGCAUUGAUGUGCUUGGACCAGUACCCAGAUCAAAGACCAACCAUGUCUCAAGUUGUGAAGGUUUUAAAGGAGCAGCUUCCAUUGAAGGAUCUAAAGGAAAGUUUAAAGCAGCAUUCAGAUCCUCAACCACAUGGUGAGAUUUCCACAACUUAGCUCUCAACUCACCAUUCAAAAUCCAGUGUUUAAGGGACACCAGUGUUUCUGCUUCUCCCAUCAGCACUGCUUGAAGAACAGCACUACAAAUGUAUGCUGCUUUUCACUUGUUCUGAUCUGCUGAAAUAAAUGAAUGGUUUCAAUUCCCAAAACAAUUAAGUGAGCUUUCUGAAACUCACAAGUGAUGGUGCAAGCUGGUUUAAUUCCUUUGGAAAACCAUUUGUUUCAGCACAACAACUCAAAACCAGCAUAGAUUUGUACUUACACACCACCAUUUGAGUUUCAGAAUCUGUAGUGCUUUCCUAUUUUCAAUAUUGUUUGUCUCUCCUCUCUUGCUAGUAUGUUUUGCUUUUGUGAAAUAGUUGUGAUAUAUGACAUGCAUGUACAAUGCUAUUAUUUUAUAUUUUCCACUUUGUAAAUUGUAUGUGUUGUGUUUCAGCACCCCCAAAAUCCAAGUUAUUGGUGCUUUGAGAA